UUAUUAUUUAAAUCAAACUGCCUUUAAAAUAACAAAAAUCUUUCAGAAUGGAAGUUGAUUCUUGCGUUAAAACUAAAGAUGUGUUAUCACAAGAAUUACGAUCUUUACGGGACAGGAGUGUUCAUAUUUGUAAAGCAAUUGAAUCGUCGCAUAAUGAAGUUAUCAUUCCGAAUAAAGAUAAAACUUUAAACUACGUAGCAGGACUUCAAAAAGAGUUGGAAACAUCGAAUACUACUAUUACAACGGACAAAAAUUUAUUAACAAGUCAAUUUCUCUCCGAGAUGAAAGAAAGAAGUGACGAUGUUGAAAAACAUAUAGCAUUCACUAAAGGCUUAAUAUAUGAUGUGGAUGCCGAAAUAGAAAGGUUACAGAAAUUAGUUGUAACAGCGAAAGAAGUAAGAAGUAGUCCUGUGGUAGAGAAGAAAGAUAUACAACCUCAUCAUAUAGAGAAAGCUAAAGAAAAGUUUCAUAUGUUAAAACAAGAACUCCGUGGCCUCAUAUAUUCACUCUUUCCAAAAUGUUCCGGACUUAUUACAGAAGUUUUAGCUGAAUUAAUGAGAGCAAAACUUGAUGUUAACUCAAAUGGGUAUAUACCAUGCACAGCGGAGAAUUUCCCAGCAAUUGAGCUCUUAAUGGAUGCUAAUUUAGUUAGCGCUAAUCCAUAUAACAAUACACAAUUUAAAUUAGUUUACUAAAUAGUUUACUAUCCUAGAGAAUAUUAAAUUAUAUAAUUUCAGUUGUUAAUAAAUAAAGUAUAAAAAUAU